UAAACGCGUAACAUAAAGAAAAAUAUUGAAGACGAUUUUGGCAAACUGUAUUUUGCGCAGUACUUUGCAUUCAUCACGAAGGAACAGCAUGAAUUUUCAAAACGUAAAUCCUCUAAACGUUCAGUUAAACAUGCUCUCGGGCAAUUUGUUACCGAUGACUAGCAACGAUUCCCUGUUUCCUGCAGUGUGGAGAAUAUAUAGCGCUAUUAUAUGGCUGAUCGAAGUGAUCCAAACCAGCGCAAUAAUUCCUGGUGUCAUGUUCGUGCCCAAAGAUAAAGCUCUGCAAGACGCAACGGUUGGUAUUGUUGUCACCAUAGAAGUAAUUUUCUUGCUCAGGCGAAUGCAUGUGCACAGAUUGUUUUUGAAUCAACUAAUACGCAAGCUAAAUGAUAUUCUGUGCGCGGAGGACGAGACCAUGAAGAUUAUCGUGAAAUCAACUUUAAAGCCGGUACAGACUCCGCUCAAGUUUUACUGCAUAGCAGGAACUGGAUCCAUAAUAGUGUGGUGCUGCCUAUCUUUCGCGUUGGUUUUCAAAAAGAAACAUUUUCUCUAUGAAGAUUAUAGACUACCGAUUGUUCUUUCGAGGCAACCAUUUUCGACAGAAAUUUUCCUAUUGGGAAACUUUAUCGCAUCUGUCGCCAGUGUGUACAUGUUUAUAAAGAAGGUCGCUUUGGACGUCUACAUGAUAAAUCUUAUUUUACUGAUAACAGCGCAGUACCGCUACAUCGCCGCAAAACUUGCAAUACUAUUUUGCGAAGACACUUUACGAAAUAAAUCUGAAAAAACAAGUACUUUUCUUGCAGAUUCGUUAGAGAGAGAAAUAAAAGCGUUAUGUCGACAUCAUAAUGUUGUAAUUCAAAUGACUUUAAUGCUAAAGAAAUUAUUAUCUGUAAACAUGAGUUUAUUAUAUUUGACGAAUAUUUUUAUUUUUUGCUUUCUUGCCAUCAUGCUGAUAAGUAUAUUAUCAAAGGCUACCUUAGAAGCAGUCAUGGUCAUCAUGUACAUAUCCGGCGGAUUAGUACAGCUUUAUAUUCUAUGCUUGUGCGUUCACCAAUUAUUAGAUGCGAGUACAGAAUUAACGAAUAAAGCGUUCCAUGGAAAGUGGUACCAAUUUGAACCAUCACUGAAAUACGUAUUUAUGAUGAUGAUAAUAUCCAACAAUUUAGAGUGCAAACUUUCGACAUUUAAAAAAUUUAAUUUGUCUCUUCCUUCCUUCAUGACGAUUUUAAAUCAAUCGUACUCGUUUGCUCUUUUAUUUUUAAGAAUAAAAUAA